AUGGAGGGCAUUGAGCAUACAAUGGAGAAGUCAUCAUCAAAGGCUUCUGGCAGCAAGCGCGCAUUUGUCUUUGCUGUUGCUGUAAAUGCUAGGUUUAAUACUGAAUUCAGUGCGGAGAAUGUUGAAAAUCAUUAUCGAACUUUGAAAUCACGGUACGUGGAGAUAAAGAAAGUGAGAGAACUCAGUGGUGCCGAAUGGGAUGAUGCCACGAAGACCAUCACCCUUGAUCCCGUGGUUGCCUUAACCUACAUCGAGGCACACCCGGCAGCAAAGGCUUUCAUAAACAAACCAAUUGAGCAUUAUGAGGCAUUGCGGGUUAUAUGCGGGGAGGACAAUGCAACGGGCGUGUAUGCGACAUCUGUGUUCGCUGAUUUGGGAGAAAACUCGGAACACGAAGGCAACAAUAACAACAACUUUGAUGAAGAACUAGUAGAACAACCAAGUGAUGAUGAUGCCGAUGCGAACUCUGCCCCACUUGUUGUGAGCAGCCCUACAACCUCAUCAACACCAAGGUCACAACGCUCAAGCAGGGGUUCAAAAAAUCCUUCAAUGAUGGGUGAUCUAAUUGUCGUGGUCGGAGAAAUGGCAUCUGCUAUUAAAAACCCCACACACUGGACAGAAAGCUUGUAUGCUAAGGUUAUGGAGGUUGAUGGUUUUGAAAAGAAGGAACUGGUUCAGGUGUUUGAUUUUCUGCAAUUCCAUGAGAUUGAGGCAAGAGGCUUCAUAGUGAAGGACAUGGACCUGAGGAAGGAUUGGAUAGAAACUUUUCUAUCCAGGAUGGUUUGA